ACAGUGUGUGGAGCUGCCAUCUUCUGCGUGGCCGUCUUCUCCCUCUACCUGAUGCUGGACCGGGUGCAGCACGACCCCGCGCGCCACCAGAGCGGAGGCAACUUCCCCAGGUGGGUGCUGCCCCCCGAGAGUCGCCCGAGCUUCCUCUCCGUCUCCCCACAGGACUGCCAGUUUGCCCUGGGGGGCAAGGGCCAGAGCCCAGACCUUCAGAUGCUGGCCGUGUACUCCCUGCUGCCCUUUGACAACCAGGAUGGCGGCGUGUGGAAGCAGGGCUUCGACAUCACCUAUGAGCCCAAUGAGUGGGACACUGAGCCCCUGCAGGUGUUUGUGGUGCCGCACUCCCACAACGACCCUGGCUGGAUCAAGACCUUCGACAAGUACUACUAUGACCAGACACAGCACAUCCUCAACAGCAUGGUGCUGAAGAUGCAGGAGGACCCACGCCGGCGCUUCAUCUGGUCCGAGAUCUCCUUCUUUUCCAAGUGGUGGGACAACAUCAGUGCCCAGAAGCGGGCUGCGGUGCGGAGGCUGGUUGGCAAUGGGCAGCUGGAGAUGGUGACGGGUGGCUGGGUGAUGCCUGAUGAGGCCAAUUCCCACUACUUUGCCAUGAUCGACCAGCUGAUUGAGGGGCACCAGUGGCUGGAGAAGAACAUUGGUGUGACGCCGCGGUCGGGCUGGGCUGUUGACCCCUUUGGGCACAGCUCCACCAUGCCCUACCUGCUGAAGCGCUCCAACCUGACAGGCAUGCUCAUCCAGCGUGUGCACUACGCCAUCAAGAAGCACUUUGCUGCCACCCAGAACCUGGAGUUCAUGUGGAGACAGACUUGGGAUACAGACUCCAGCACCGACAUCUUCUGCCACAUGAUGCCCUUCUACAGCUACGACGUGCCCCACACCUGUGGGCCAGACCCCAAGAUCUGCUGCCAGUUUGACUUCAAGCGCCUGCCGGGCGGCCGGAUUAACUGCCCGUGGAAGGUGCCUCCCCGAGCCAUCACUGAUGCCAACGUGGCGGAGCGAGCCCAGCUGCUGCUGGACCAGUACCGCAAGAAGUCCAAGCUGUACCGCAGCAAGGUGCUGCUGGUGCCCCUGGGAGAUGAUUUCCGCUACGAUAAGCCGCAGGAGUGGGAUGCCCAGUUCCUCAACUACCAGCGCAUCUUUGACUUCCUCAACUCCCAGCCCAACCUCCAUGUCCAGGCGCAGUUUGGGACGCUCUCAGACUAUUUUGAUGCCUUGUACAAGAAAAUGGGCAUCGUGCCAGGGAUGAAGCCGCCCGGGUUCCCAGUGCUGAGUGGGGAUUUCUUCUCCUACGCGGACCGGGAGGAUCACUACUGGACAGGCUACACAACGGCUGCUCCUUCUCUUGGGGGGCUGGGGCAGGGACACUCAGAGUCUCUGUCCCUGUGCAGGGGCGCAGAGAUCCUGUUCAGCCUGGCACUCGCCCACACCCGCCGUGCGGGUGCCGAUGGCGUGUACCCGCUCUCU